UAUCCCCUUAUCCUCUGUUUUACCACCACCCACGCACCCACCCACGGAUUGCAUUCCUUCUUCACACCCUUGAGUCUCCACAGCUUCUGAAACUUUCUUCGAAUGGCAAGCUCUCUUUCUUUCAUGCCUGUUUGUUCCUUCGAUUCCACAAACAAACCAAGGGUUUUCAUCGAAAAAUCGGUUGGCGGGAAGGUUGUUCGGGUGAAUCAAGUGUUUCGGAGCUCUAAAGCUGCAAACUUUCAGUCAUGGGAGGUCAAGGCUACAGACGGUACUCCAACAGCCAAAGUAAAUAGCCUAGUCUGUUCAGCAUGUGAGGGAAACGGUGCAAAAGUGUGUAAUCAAUGCGAAGGUACUGGAGUUAAUUCUGUAGACCACUUCAACGGACAGUUUAAAGCUGGUGGACUAUGUUGGCUUUGCAGGGGGAAGAGGGAGAUUCUGUGUGGAGAAUGCAAUGGUGCAGGGUUUUUGGGUGGCUUCAUGAGCACACAUGAUGCCUAGAUCGUUGUGACCUGCAAGGAUUACACGAUCGUUAGAAAUUCUACCAGAACAAAAAAUACCAAAAUAUGUUGCUCAGUUUGUUGGUAUGGUGAAAUGUUGUACUUUGUAAACAAGUCAAGAACUCAUUUCUUUGAUUAGAUAUUGUAAUAUUGCUUGCUGCAUUUUGGUUGAAUUACAAUGAGAAAGACAGACCGCGAUAUUCUCUUUA